AUGUCAACGACAGCAUCAGCAGAUAUCAUUAGUACAGCGGUCGUGUUGGCACGGUGUGGGCUUCUUCAGCAGGGCGCAUGUAAUGUUUAUGUUACAGAGUGGGCGGCUUCUGGGCCAAUCCGUGGCCAAUGGUUCUGCCUCCCAACCAUAUUGAAGCUACACAGCGUUAAGGCAGUCGUGCCGCCGGCGAAAUACCCGCAUGCCCAACAGCUGGUCGAGCUGGGCUACCAAUAUGCGGAGGGUGGCUGCCGCAAUGGGUCCUCCGUGCCGCCACUACAACGAUGCUGGCCAGAUGCUGGCCUCGCAGUGGAGGUGGCGGGUGAAGGCAUCCGCAUUGACCCGUCCUCAGACCAGUCCGUCUCUUCGAACACCAUAUUCUAUCUUCAGAAUGCCAUCUGCCUGUGUGAGCACCCCGUGAGCAUCGCAUGCCUCACAGAGCCGCAGGUCGAACCCAUGGUCUGCUUCAAGGAAACCAUGCGCCAGUUUGAGAAUGUCACGACGUCUUUCUUAGACGAUUACCGACCAGAUCUGCAGCUUCAUGCCCUAGAUGGUAAUGCCUCUUCACCACAAGUGAAGCAGACGCAGCGGCAGGACAGCACACCGCCGCCGGCAAGCGGCGCGGAGGAAGACCAGGCCCGCAGCCGUGCAGUGGUAGUAGGGGCUGCAGUGGCAGGGACCGUGGUUACCGUGUCCCUGUUCGCGUUGAUGGUGGCGGCUGCAGUGCGCUCGAAGCGGCUGCAGGAAAACUGCAAAGACGUUGGUGGCAGUCGCGCGACCAUGAACAUUCUUUCUUUUUGGACGAACAUCUUCGGUCGCAGCUGCCUUGAGUCGAGAAGUUGCAAUGGCCCAGCCUCUGAGCUGAACAUUACUGUUACUGCUUAUGAGAACGGGAGCGGCGUAAUCAGGGCCUCAUCUGCGACCCCUCCUAACCACCAUCCCAAGUCAGGCGAGUCCGCCACCGCAUGGUUAACAUCCCUAACCACUGCUGCACGCAACCGCUCACCCUUGCAUGUCCUUCCCUGGUACGGCUAUUCCGCUUACCACCCUACUACUGCAAUACCAGAAGUUGCAGUGGAAGUAGAGGAAGUGCAGCCUGGCGAGCAGCAGGUGGUCGACACCGAGCCGACCGUGGUGACGCCUCUGGAACAGGCUGCUGUGGUCAUCACCCCAGACACGCGGCCACAACCCAACCUGAAGCUGUGUGUGCGGUUAAUGGACCCCGCUGCUGAUGUUGAGGCUGGCGACAGCAGCAACAGUCCCACAGCAGGUGCCGUCACGGGUCUCAUAUGCCUGCACUCGAAGGAGGAGGAGGUCAGCGGCAGUGGCAGCGACAGUGCUGGUGGUGGUCCUCCCUGUCAUGGUAGCAAUGUGGUGGAGCUGUCUCCGGUGGUACGCGGCAAGGGCACCUUUGGUCGGGUGGUGGAAGGUACUUACCGGGGCCAGCGAGUGGCGGUGAAGCUUCUGGCCAGCGAGGGCCCCUGGGGAUGCCCCAUCGAGGCCUUCGCCUCCAGCUUUGCGCAGGAAGUGCAGUCCGCUCUUGUAGGUAGCCAGGUGCUUCAUAUCGCCAUAUCCAUUGCCAACGCGCUGGCCUACCUGCACCCCACCAUCAGUCACCGGGACCUCAAGCCUGCCAACGUGCUGCUCAACGACCCCCACAGUGACCUGCCCACAGUUAAGCUUACGGACUUUGGGCUGUCUCGGCUUCGUGUGACGGUGGCUCCAACGGAGCAUCCGGAUGCGGGCACGCCCGCCUACAUGGCACCGUGUGCAGAGCUUAGUGUUAUCAAUCAUAGAAUAGAUUUGAGGGGCCGUAAGAAGGUCAAGCCCGAGUGCUUCGACUUGCAAAACAGACAGGUCACACAUAAAGCGGAUACGUUCUCGCUGGGUGUGCUGCUGUGGGAGAUGCUGGCCUGCAAGAGGCCCUGGACUGGACUGAACCCGCUGGAAAUCGGCGUGAUGGUAGCGCUCAACGGUAUGCGCCCUCCCUUGGAUGAACUCCUGGUCUCCGACCGCUGCCCACUCAAGCUGUGUCGUCUGCUGCUAGCCUGCUGGGAGAUGGAUCCGGACCGACGGCCGGCGGCUGCGGAGACAGUCAAGGAGCUGGCGCUGAUCCUGCAAGGUCAGCAGCUUCAAUUCAAACAGCAGCUGGUGCAGUCCGUACUGGAUAGGACAGGACAGGAAGGCGGCGGUGGCCCUUGUUUGCAGCCACCGACUGCUCCUCGGGCUGAGUUCACUGCUGCAGCCGCUGCUGAUGCUCGGGAUGGUGAUGUUGCCCCUGCCUCGCUGGCGCACGGACCGCAGCAGCUUUGUGACUGUGGAGCGGUUGAAGAUGAGUUGCAUGUUUUCGAGGAAUGUCCCGCUUACAAGAGCAUACGGGCUAAGUAUGAUGGUGAUCUAGUCUUUAAGGGGCGCAGCAUGCGCACCAUUAUGACUGAGGCGCCACCCCUGGCAUUGGCCAGCGAUAAAGCCGGUGCCGAUACCUUCCGUUAG